GCAAAGACUUGGAAACACGUGGCGCAGGGAUCAUCGUCGGCCGCUAUCUAAUGUUCAAAAGUACAAACAUAAUAUACCACAACAAAACUGGAGAACAAAUGUAUGAAAUAAAUAAGAGCAGAAAAUAUCUUGGUCGGGCGCGCGGGUCAUGAAAAACGCGCUAUCGGGGGACGAAAAGUGAAGAAAAAAUGAUAGGAAGAAAAAAAUGCGGAAGGGCAGAAACAAGAACGCGACCUCAGGCUCUUCUUCUUCGUGCGUGCAGUUUGACCGAGAUACCGAGCCACGGGUCUUCCGUGUCAUUGUGGGCCGGGCUCGGAAAAUGCACGUGGUCAUUUUUUUUUUCGGAGGCAGUGUCCGUCCCAAAAAUCCUCGAUCCGUAUACCUAACCGGCGGGAUGAAAUCUUCGGUGUGAAAAAUUUCUUGGCCCGAGGGUCGCUAUUGGCCCCGACUUCCGACCACGCUCUCUGCAAGCGAUUUUAUUGGUCUUCGUGCAUCGUGCACGUGAAGACCACGGGUGUGGAACGCGCAUGCGUAAACUUCUUCGAUAUGUCAGGACAAACCGAAGAAUCGGUCUCAAAAAAACACAGUUGGCGCGGCCGGCUCAAACGAUGAGGUCUUCCGUACCUCACCCGUGUAAUUAGUCAAAUAAUUUCUACUGAACAUAAAUAAAUGAAUAAUUAAUUAAAACAAUAUUGUUCAAAGAUGAGUAUAAAUAACACGAUUAAUAAAUACUUAUGAUGUAUCAUUUGUCGUAUGAUUUUAAUAGAGUAACUAAUAAAACGCCGUACAGUUUCAGUUUAACCGGCGGGAGAAACUGAUGUCAAUAUAUUAUUUAUAGAAUUGUCGUUAAAUGUUAGUUAAAUUGCAACGUUGAUGAAUUGGAAAUUUUAAAACGUGAACCGGUGAUUUCUAUUAAGCACAAACAAGACUAUUUUAACGUAUAUUCGUAGAAUAUUCAUAAGUCGAAAGUAAGAAGAGGAACAGUGAACUGUGUUUUAUUUCUCCGCUGACGGAAUUCAAGAAAAAAUCGAUCUCGAUGUGCUCGAUAGCGAUGCCAGCUGAGGUGAUACUCGGGCACAGUCCGCCAGUUUAUAGCACCUUGCUUUAUCGACCACUCGUCGUUUCACCGCAAGUAACAACGAGGUCGGUACCACCCAGGAUACGACCAUGUCUCUCGACGGGAUCUCUACCUCUCGACAGUUUGCACAAUAACAAUAAACAGAAGAAGAGGGUCGUAUUCGCCGAUGAUCGCGGCCGACCGCUUACCCAGGUAAAAUAUUUCGUCAGGGUCAUGUCGGAGCCGAGCAACGUACCACCUCUAUGGAGCAGCGCUUAUUUGGCGGGCGUAACUCGGGGUGUAAAAGUUGAAGCGGCGCCGACGCCAUGGGUGACGACGUUUCCCCAGCCGGCCAGUGACUACCUCGCGUUCCGUCGAAAAUUGGAUCAAGAUGCGGUCAGUUUAGAAAAUGUGAUAGUAAGAGAAGCCGAACAGUGUUUGGUUGGAACAGUAAAAGUGAAAAACUUGGCGUACGAUAAGGAAAUAGUCGUGAGGGCGAGCAGCGACAAUUGGCAGUCGCACGAGGACGCUCAUUGCAGUUACGUUGCUCAACCCGGAGCCGCUCAAGCAGCCCUUGUACUUUACGACACCUUCCGCUUCCGCUUGACCCUACCGCCGAGGUCCGAGAAAAUUGAAUUUUGCGUAUGCUAUCGCGUCGGCGGCGAAGAAUACUGGGACAACAACGAGGGGAAUAAUUACAUCGUUAGAAAAAAGCCCGAGCCUCAGCAAUCGCCGAAACUGCCGCAGUCCAACGGAAUGACAUUGAUAAGUUCGACGACUACGACGACGACCUUAUCCAACGGUUGCAACGGCAACGCGACCGACGGCACAUCCAUCCAGAUGGGUAUCAACGGUACGAAUUACCGGGAAGCUAACAGACUCCGCGACGCAACUAGGGCUAACAUGCAAGCGUGGAGUGAAUUCGCAUCGUGGAAUCACCUCGUCAACGAUUCACCGUAUUGGUGAUAUCGGCUUACUCUGCGUAUACGAAUUAUGAAAUGAAGCUGGCUUAUAUUGCUAUGGUAUACGAGAUCUGUGUUAACGCGCAGCUUCAUAAAGAUAUAUACAAAAGAAAAAGAAACAAAAUUUUUAACAAACAAAAUAUUCAUACACACACAACAACAGCGGAGCUAAAUAAACUAGAGAAAAUAAUCAGGAAAAACGAGAGAACAAAAAUUGGAAAAAAUUAAAGAAAAGAAAAUCGACAAAUCAACAACAACCGAGUUCGAAGGCGUAUCGCGCAGCGGCUCAAUGAUCAACGUCAUACGGAUCCGAUGAAAUUACUACGAUUCUCAUUCAGCGACCAAUUCUUCGGAAAAUCAUCGAACGAGUUCACAUCCACGUGCAGGGAUGAGACGAGAAUAUGAUACGCGGUGAACGCGCAGAGGGGGUUGGAAACGCUGCAGCUACUGCUCUUGUGGUUUAAAACGAGCAACGUGAAUUCGCUGUGCCAAACAAUUAAAAGGUCGCCCGUUCGCGUCCAAUCCUAAUUUUAUCCUUUUAUUUUAUCAUUAGUUUUAAGUUUACUAUUUACGUAAUAGCCUGAUCCGAUGCGAUGCAUACCUACUAUUCUAUUAAAUUAUCAAUUUUUAACCGUCAAACUUACUUUCAUUUUAUCAUAGUUUAAUUUAAUUUAAUGUAAUUUAAUUUGUUUUUCAUACGAAAAACGCUGAGGAGUUUGUCAACGUAAUAAUAUGACCUAAUAUUGAAUCAGCAGUUUACAUAAUAUCACCUGCCAAACAAUUAAUCAUAUACCGAUGAUAUACCAAUUACGUGUUAUAAAAGAAAGGAAAACGCUGUAAAUAACUCGGCUUAUAUCCGUCACUUGUAUGCAAUUAUGUUUAGACUUCCGAUUUUAACAUUAUAUAUUAUUAACGUUAUUGUUAUUUUUAUUUUUAUUUCGUUUUUGCGAGUCAGAUGGAAAUGGCGAGAGAUGAUGAUUUUUCAAGGUAUACGUUAAUAUAUACAUCAUAUAUAAAAUUUGGAACACUUUUUCGUUUUUUUUUUUGUUUUCGAAUUUCACAUGAGUGUAUGAUAACGCGAAACGUAUAAACUAUUACAAUAUUAGUGGGUUUUGAUGAAAAGAAUCAAUUUACAUAAUUUUAUUUUAUUUAUUAUCGUUACUAUCGUUAUUGUUCUUUUUUGUUUCGUUCUUUUUUUUAAUCGCCACAUAUUCGUUGCUAUAUAUAAAUCAUGAUUUUUUCGAGAAUAUCACAUAUAUUAUAUAUUAUAUUAUACGAAUCGUAUAUUAGGUAUACCUGAAGAAUUUUUUUUUUACUUUUUAAGUGCCUUACGAUACGAGAAAAUGCAUGAAAAUGAUUUUUGAAAGAAAAUUUUACCUAUCACAUGGUUUUAUUUUUCAUGAAAUAAUGAAUAAUACGGUGCUACAAGAUUCCGAGGUCGCAAUUAUUCACUUUAUAUAUAUAUAUAUGCGUACUUUGUAUUAUAUGUAUAUGUACUCAAAACGGCGGCGUGAAAUACAAAUUUCUAUUUCUCUAUCUUUUAUUUUUCAUUUUUCUUCACUUUUCUUCCGACAAAAAGAACAUUCGAGCUACGAUGCAUUUGUACGAUAACUUGAAAUUUUCAUCAGACGUAUGGGAAGAAAAAGGAAAAAGAGAAGGAAAAGAUAACGAAUGACAGAAAAAUUAUUUGAAACCGAAAAAAAAAAAAAAAAAUCAAAUAAACUUGACGAGCUAUUAUGCAUAUUUGAAAGUACAUGUCUUCGAAUUAUAUACCAUACGAGUAAUACUGAUAGCUAUUUAAGAGGAAAUAGAAUCGUUUUCGUGAACAGCACGCAAAAUUCGACUUAUAUAUCCCGAUCGUCGCGUCGCGUCAUGCGGUAUAAUGGCGUCGCGACGUCUCGGCGUCGUGCAGGGAAUAUUUUUCGGAAAUAGAGGAAAAAUAAUGGGAAGAAAAACGGCUAGUGCAGAUCCGAGAGAGUGAAGAUAUGAAUCAAAAAAAUUAAAAUACAAAGUGAUAUCAUUAACGUCGGUUCCGUCCUCGUGCUGGUCAGGAAAGAGAGAUAAAAAAAGAAAAAUCAAACAAAAAAAAAAAAAAGAAUUAAAAAAACGUAAAAACUCUUCAGCGCUGCACUGCAGUAAUCGUAAAAAUGAAAUUCAUUUUUUUCUGCGAAUGUCCACCGUGCGCAUCUGUGUGUAUGAUAUUAUUAAAUAUGAGUUAGAUCACGCGUUAAAUAUAUAAGUACAGUAAUUAUUAUUACUACUAUUUUUUUAAUUUACAUUUUUAACAACCGUUUAUCAUCUUCUCGCGCAUAUAUUGUUAUAUACCUAUACCAUAUUAUUAUACAUGUUAUACAGCCAUUUCUUAUUGUUGAUGUUUUUAUUUUAUCGCCGAGAUAUUUAGCAUGUGAUGUUGAAAUACUGUAAAUUAAAGGCUAAGAGUGCAAGAGUCUGUGGUAGGAAUUAAAAUUAUAACGAUGACACGAUCACGUACAUUAUAAAUAGAAAUAAUAAUCUGAAAAGUAAGAAGAGGAGAAGAAAAAAAAAGAAAAAAGGCGCGCAAAUUACACCGAGUAACGUUAUAUAUAUUGUGGUAUUAAAAGUCGCUCUUUUUUUGAUGAAUUUACAUUUCACUCACCAUAAUUAACAAUCGCUUGCAUACAACGUCUGUGAAACGUACAGUUGAAAUCCACUCGCAGUGUUUCAAGAAUUUUUAUUCUAAAAACACUGUGGAGAUUCAAUCGAAUAUCUCUUCACCUCAAAGUCUAACGACGGGGCUCUUAUAUCCAUACACAUAUAUAUAUAUAUCAUUGCGUGUGAAGUGAAAUAGAAAAUCGCAAAGGGUAAAACGAAAUAAAAAAAUUAACGAAGAACAAACAGAUGAAUGUGAAAUUGUGAGUACUCUUGUCUUAGAGAGCCGAAAGACUGAUCAUUUAUUACCUUUGAAUAUGUUCACGUAUAGUUAGCAUAUUAUUAUUAUUAGUAUAACACUAUUAUUAUUAUUUUAAUAAAUAUUGAUUUUAUCAUUAUGAACAAGGCUAUAACUGAAUUGAAUCCUUGAAUCACCCGUGACCUUAUAUACGAUUAAUUACUCUCUGUAAAUAUAUUGUAUGCUACGUAAGACAUCGAUUGUUCUUUCAUCUAACUCAUCCAUCUAACCGUGUACAUGUGUAUAAGUUGGGAUAUUAUGUUAUAUGUAUGCUAAGGUUAUAGCCCCAAACCAUUAUCUGUAUAUGCGUAUAAUGUUUUUUUUUUUUUAUUAUUCCACACUUCCUCCCUACCCCGUGUCCAUCUCCCGCCCUCACAAACGCGAUUAUCGUUAUUGAUAUCAUUCGUUUUAUUAUUAUUGAUAUUAUUAUUGUUAUCACCGAUACCCACUAUUAUCACUACGAUUAUUAUUCACACGAACGUUUUAUGUCUCUACGUAGAUGUUAAUCAAUUUGUUGUUAAAUAUAUAAAUAGGUACAGGUUCAUAUACAUGAAUAUUGAAAAGAAAGAAUGAAAAAAUGGAAUAAUCACUGCUGUAGAAUUCACUGAUCUACCUAUUGCAAUAUACUAUAUUAUGUACAUAAAUAAAACCUGAAAGAAAAAUGAAAAAAAAAAAAAAUAAUAAAAUAAUUAAAUCAAUAUAUUACAAA